UCCGCUUAUAUAUCCAAACAGUUUAAGUACCAAAGAAUUAGCAAAAUGCAAAACUGCAUCGAUCCAUUCACACUUUAAGUGCCAACAAUAACUGCAUUUUGUUCAUGGCAAGCCGCUACAGAAGUAUCCCAAAACUAGUAAGCAAGUUUCAUUAUUGCCAGCGCCGCCUCAACUCGACGGCCUACAUCAAUCUGGAUGACUCCAAGGAGCUCUUCUCAUCCGUGCCAACGUCGAAGCUGAUCUCAACCGCAUUCACUCUUCAUGUGGUGAUGAAUGAAGCCAUGAUCCAUUUCGGCUCCAAAGUCAUGAAUUCCAGGCUAAUGGACACCCCCAUCUCCAGAGAGCUUUUAUUGGGCUCCAUCGAGCACACGCUCUACCACCAUUUCUGUGGGGGCAAAACCCUCAAAGAGGCCGACCGCGCCGCCCGGAAACUCUGGGAAUCCGGCCUCCAGUCCAUGCUCGAUUACGGCAUGGAGCACGCCCACGACAACGCCUCCUGUGAUCACAAUGUGCACGAGAUCAUUCAGACCAUUUCUUCUACACUUUCACUCCCCUCUUCUCCUGUGAGCUCGGUGGUGGUGAAGAUGACGGCGAUUUUCCGUCCCCAAUUGCUUAAGAGAGUGAGUGAUCUAUUGAGAUGGGAAUUCAAGGAUAACUCCUUGCAUCUCCCAUGGAAGCUCCAAAGCUUCCCUCUUCUCUCAAAUUCAAGCGCUCUGUACCACACACCACAUAUGCCGGAAGCCCUAACCCUAGACGAAGAGCGGGAUCUGGAGCUCGGGAUUGUGAGGCUGAUGAAGAUAUGCGAGAGCAGCUUAGAGGCCAAUGUGCCUCUACUGAUCGACGCAGAGGAUACCGCCAUCCAGCCUGCGAUCGACUACUUCACAUUCCACGCGGCUAUAACGUACCACCACAUAGGCAACACACCCUUGAUCUUCAACACCAUCCAAGCCUACCUCAAGGAUUCCGAGGAGAGGCUCGUCAUGGCCAAGAAAGCCGCAGAUAAAGCUGGUGUUCCCCUAGGGAUUAAACUGGUGAGAGGCGCAUACAUGUCCACUGAGAGACAGCUUGCCUUGUCUCUCGGGGCCAACUCACCCAUUCAUGGCUCUAUUCAGGAUACUCACGCCUGCUACAAUGCCUGUGCUGCUUUUAUGCUCGAGGAGAUCGCCAACGGCCCCGGCUCCCUCAUCCUCGCCACCCAUAAUAUCGAAUCAGGGAAACUGGCAGCUGCUAAAGUCGUUAGUAUGGGAACGAAGAAUUACAUUGAUAAUCUGCAUUUUGCGCAGCUAUAUGGGAUGGCGGAGGCGUAUUCUUUCGGGUUAAGGAAUGCCGGAUUCAAAGUGAGCAAGUAUUUGCCGUAUGGGCCGGUGGAGCACAUCGUUCCCUAUCUUCUCCGACGGGCUGAGGAGAAUCGGGGAUUUGUUUCCACUGCAGCAUUAGACAGACAACUAAUGAGGAAGGAGUUGCUGAGGAGAUUAACCACUUUGGAGAAAUAGAAGAUAGAUUGGUAGAGAUUGACAAGCAGGUUAAAUAGUGGAACUGUAUAUUCGCCUAAACCAGCUACGACCUUUUGGAUUCAAUAAAUGUACAAAACUUUCUUGUAAAUUAUUGGACUACGAUGUUUUCAAGAUUUUUUUUGUAUUAUCUUUUCUUGCUACUUUU